AUGUCACUGGCGGUAUGUCGAGAUCGUCUCACAGGAUCUGAUGCUCCGGAGCAACUCUGCGAUGCAUCCAGUAAGCCCCAGGCUUCAGUAGUGAGAUGCAAUACUCAUCCGUGUCCUUUCAAAUGGUAUGUGGGUGAGUGGUCGUCUUGCAGCGUGACAUGUGGUGGCGGUGUGCGCUCGCGUCGAGUCCUUUGUGCAAGAUCAGCUAACGUCACGAAAACUGAUACAUAUGAACCCGGAUCGAGUAUUGAGCCAGGGUGUGUCUCUCCAUCUCCGAGAUCAACACAACCUUGUAAUCAAGAAGAAUGUCCAAUUUGGGUUGCUGGGCCUUGGUCAGGGUGCUCAGUAUCCUGUGGCGAAGGGGUACAAGUUCGUGGCGUGGAGUGCACUCCGGCUGGUGGAGGGUGUGAUCCAGUGUCCAGACCAGAAAUAUCCCGACCGUGCUCUACGGGAAUCAGUUGCCCAGCUUAUCGAGAAUCUGAUGAACCUGAAGAUGAGAUAGAAGAUUUACUACCAGGCGUAGUAUACCAUACUCAGCCACUCAUCCAGCAAUAUCCACCGCAACCAGCUAAGGCUGAACGGCUGAUUGGUGAACCUGAUGUGCCAGUAGAGGCCACUUACAUCAAAGACGACGAUUGGACUCCCUGUAGUGUUACAUGCGGAGAAGGAUGGAGAAAGAAAGAAGUUCACUGCAAGAUUUUCUUAGAAUUUAGCAGAACUAUUGCUAAGUUACCUGAUAGCAAGUGCUUGGGUCCUAAACCUGCUGAAGAAACUGAACGAUGUGUCAUGGAACCAUGUUCUAUGGCUUACGGAUCUUCCUUCGGAGAUUCAAGUGUGCCAUCGUAUAGUGGUGGUGACAGGUAA